AUGGAAUAUGUGCCUGCGCUCUGUGCCGCGGGCACAAUUGGUAUAGCCCCAGCUGGCCUUGCCCUUGGUCGCCCGGAAACUGUCAAACGCCCCUCGACGCUCGCCUACCAACGAGCAUCCUUCUUCGGCGGGGAACCUGAUACUGCUCUCUCCUCGCCUCUCUCGCCUCGCCAGCAGCCUCUCUUCUCGCCGCUACAUGAACAGCAUCUUCACCAGCGGCAUCACUCGUCCUUUGGCCCGGGAGAGACCCCACGGCCUCCCAGAACCUCCCCGCCAGACUCUCGCACAUUCCCCCUGGAGGAGGAGCUGUCGACCGCUGCAAAGCUGGAUGCCCUGAUACAGCGGACAGAUGAAAAGAUACUACUACGGCCGCGUCGAGAGAAUAACUUGACGAUACUGACUCGGGAUGUGGAAGAAUCCCCCUGUCCCGAACCUCAAUCAGUGCCCAACUCGGGACGGCCGUCGUCCUCCUGGGUUCGACGACUCUCGACAAUCACCUCGUCCGUAUACGGGAGCUCUAUCUCCAGCUCACGGCCCCAAUCCCCUUCCGUCAACAGCUCCAACGCCCCCUUUUUCCCGCAAAACCGCUCCUCCAACCCCCCUAAUAAGCUGGUCAAGCGGUCAACCUCCCAACUCGAAUUCCCUGACGCCUUCGAAACCGCGCCUUCAAGACCGCAUCGUUCCAGUUCCAUCAUCCGUCGCCCGGCUACUAGCCACCAGCGCACUGCUGCCGCCAUGCGGCAUCGCUCAGCAACCGAAUCCCAUAUUGUGGUAGAAGAGGAUAUCGCCCUGGUAUCGCCACGCACUCAGACAUCCAGCGGGAUCAGAUUGAACGGAUCUCCUUCACCCGAUCCAGAACCCAUAUGGCGCCCUUAUUUUCGCGGCAUCGCAUCUAAUUUCUCUUCUUUUCGCACUCGACGACGCUCGUCCUCGGUCAGACAACGACGGGAGCGUUCACAUCAGCAUCUACAUUUACUCCUAGAGCCAGACGUUGUACCCACUCUGGUGCUGGCCUCGUCAAUCAAGACUAAUGAACCGAUACAUCCACGCUUCAACUCUACCUUCAAACCCACGGAACAAUCCGAUUCAACAUGGGGAAAGGCCAUACCAGCUCGCGACCAUAUCUCGCGCGAGUCAAGCUCGGAUAAAGAACGAGCGGCCCCAUCUUACGCCGCAAACGAACCCGCUACUAUAAAGGAACCCAAGGAGCCCAGGGAACCCAAGGAACCCACACAGCCGUGGGAAGAGUCAAUAGUAAAACUGGAGCGGAGACAGCGUGCCUCUCUCGACCUAAAAAGAACCAAGAACCCCGACGGUGAGCUUCCACGAACAAGUAAAAGUGAGAGGUUGAGCGGAAGUUCUAUGCGACUACGAAGAAGGAAGAACAUCACAGACCCCGAAAUCUUCCAACGGCCCAACACCUCCUACCAUAGAGAAAACUCCUCUGAUGCCACCUCCCCAAAGACAUCUCAAGACGAUGAUAUCGUUCAAAAGCCUCGACUAAGGCACUCGCCGCAGUUUAAAGACCUUCGAUAUGAAGUCCUAAACGAGAGACGGUCGGCACCAUCCUCUACCUCAGGUUCUAGGCAGUCAUCUGCCGAGCAGAAGAUCUACAUUACACGAGACCGAGACCAACGCCACUCGGCCGCCGCUUCAGACCCAGCAUCUACCAUACCAGGAUCGGAUAAUGAUACACGCAUCUUCUCAUCCGGAGAUGAGGAUGAAACUGAUUGUCAUAGUGAUACGGCGUUUGACUCCUUCCCAACACGCGCAACGAGUAGUCAUAAAUCUACAUCCCGUGGGCCCCGGAUAGAUACUAUCUUUGACCAACCGGACGGCAAAUCAAAGUCCUUUGCAGUCGAUGAACAACAUCAACACCUAUCCGUGUCAUCUAUUCGAAGAAGGUCCGAUGUACCUAACGGCAGCCUGAGAAACAUCUCGCCUUCGGAAAGUGGUCUCAAGUCCGACGUGCGUAGAAUGACACCUUCGCCGAAGACCAUAAUCACAGGUCCACAGCGCGCGAGUCGGAAGUCUUCAUACCCAACGCCCUCGGCAGAUAGCGCAGAGAAGCUGCGUUUGUUCGCAGAAACGUCGGACAAUGAAGAUGAUUUCCCUAUGACGCUUGGUCCUCCACCUAAGUCACGCUCGGCCGUUACGCUCUCCAGAGCGUCCGACGUCGGUUCGCGAAUGAGCGUGUUCGACUGGUCGGAACAACAAAAGCCCACCAAGGAUGGCGAUUGUUCUGUUUAUCGGCCAAAAACCGCCCAUGAGAAAAAUCUGGCGGAUUCCCGUGGAGGACGAGCGGCUGCGCGCAGCGCCCCAAACACCCUACAUCUUAGAAGCCAGAGUGUUCCUAUUGCCAAGGAGUCCGCUGGACAAAAGGACACAGGCUUCCCUCUUAAGUUCGGGACCUGGGGUCUAGGAAACAAGGGUCCAAGUGAGGAUUGGGAUGGUGACUUCGACUUUGAAGACUCCGACCAGCCAACGCUCGGCUCUCCGGGCGGCGGAAUGUGUACCACUAACAGCAUGAAGGUUCCUCAAUCUAUUCUAGAUCGACAGGAGAGCGUGCAUGGCCAAUACGGUCACGUCCAAGAGCUGACGGUUCUAGUUGAAGAGCUCAAACGACUCCAGGUCCAAGCCAAAUCGUUACAUAUAAUGGACGGUCAGUCUGGAGAGUUAUGGAAAGAGGCCCAAGGCAUAAUAAACCUCGCUACGCUUGAAGAAGAGGACGAGGUGCGCCAGAAUGGUUGUAAGCACCAACGCCAACGAUCAUCUUCAUCCGCAACAUUCGACUCGGGAAUGUUUGGCCUGGAAUCUAGCCCUGAACCCAUGCCCAUGCCCAUGCAGCUGAACAACAAUGAAAACCUGAACAAGCCCUCCCUAUCCCUCCCCGGAAAGGAAAAUUCGGAUCCAAACACAAACAUAAACGCGACAUUCCCCUUUUCCAAGAAACCACGAAGGGAAUCCUCGGCAAAAGCAAGGUCCGUACUCGAUAACAUUCACCAUCUACGGGAUCUUCAUGAUGUCAAUGCAACGAUCCCACUCGCGGUCAAUGAUAACCAGCAACGUUUUGCCUUUGAUACCCAAUCCCUGCGCGACCUCGUUGUACGCGCAGGUGUCAUCACACGGUCACUCAAAGACAUAGUUCGGAAAGCUGAAGGCGUCUAUGUACCACCAGAACCAAACCACCUUACUCCCGACCCGCCGUUCAGCCAGAUAUUCGUCCAUCCCUCAAACCCCAUCACCACAAAUGGACUAUCUUGA